AUGCAGGCUAUUUUCUUCCUAAUCAUCUUAUUGUUUAGCACUAGAGCAUACUGUGAUGAUCAUCCACAUGCAUCUAAGGGGAGCCAUUGCUUGGAGAGUGAAAGGAGAGCUCUACUUGCCAUCAAGUCUGAUUUGUAUAAUUCUGACCACUGGCUUUCUUCUUGGAGUAGUUAUGACUGUUGCAACUGGAGUGGAGUCGCCUGUGACAACACCACUAGUCAUGUCAUUAGGCUUGAUGUUCACUACCCAUUUGAUCAAUUUGCUUCGUCUCCUGACAAAAGUAAGGUAAAUCCUUCUUUGUUUGAAUUGAAGUAUUUAAAAUACCUGGAUUUAAGCUUCAACAACUUCUCAACACAUGUGCCUAGUAUGAUUUCCUCGCUUGUCCAUUUGGAAUAUCUCAACCUCUCCAAUGCCAACUUUAAUGGAUUAAUUCCUCAACAAUUGGGCAAUCUUUCUAACCUACGCAUCCUCGACCUUAAUUGUUAUUUUAUGCAAUGGAAUGUAAGGUCAGAUGACCUAAGCUGGCUCUCCCACCUAACUUCUCUAGAAUAUCUAGACAUGAGCUAUGUCUUUCUCUUUAGAGCAAAUAGUUGGUUUCACCAAAUUAAUUAUAAUAGCUUGGAAGUUCUUGCUCUAUCAAAUUGUUCACUACAAGAUGCAGUAGGAGCUGGCACUAGUAUAAUGAAACUCAAUUCAUCAAGUAAUCAGAUUGAAGGAAAUAUUUCAGUGAAUGCAAAGAAAUUGAAGUACUUGGAUUUAUCUGGUAAUUCUUUAACAAGAGUUCCACUUGAUAUGGGAAAUCUUAUCCAGUUGGAGUAUUUGGAUUUGCAGCAUAAUCAAAUCACCAAAGAGAUACUUCUGAGCUUGGGCAAUCUUAUCAACUUGGAGUACUUAAAUCUUUUUGAUAAUGAAAUCUUUGGUGAGAUACCUCUAAGCAUAGGCAACCUUACUAGCUUGAUAUAUUUGGAUAUGUCAUAUAAUGCAAUUUCUGGGCGUAUACCAGAUGUUUUAUGCAAUUUUGUCUAUUUGGAGGAAAUAAUCUUAUUUGGUAAUGAUUUUUAUGGUGAAAUACCAAAAAACAUUAGCAAACUUCACAACUUGUUGAAUUUUGAGGUAUCAGUUAAUAAAUUGACAGGGCAGAUACCAUUGAGUUUGGCUGAUCUAUGCAACUUGGAGGGUUUGGGUUUAUCCCAUAAUAAUAUUAGUGGAGAACUAACAAAUCUACUAGAUGGUUUAUCUAAAUGCCCACAAGGAUCCAACUUACAGUCCUUUGAUAUAACUGACAAUAUGUUCAGUGGGUUAAUCCCUUUGAGUCUCGGGCAAUUAGCUCAACUGCAAUACUUGGAUAUCUCAUGGAAUUCAUUACAGGGCAAUGUGACAGAGGCUCACUUAUCCCAUCUCACUAACUUAAAGCAUUUGGAUAUAUGUCAUAACUCCUUGAAUGUGAUUUUAUCAGAUGAUUGGCUUCCUCCUUUUGAUGCUGAAUUUAUUGAUAUGAGCUAUUGUCAUUUGGGGACUGGAUUUCCUUCCUGGAUUCAAACACAAACAAACUUGUGGGUAUUAUUUUUAUCUGAAGUUGGACUUCAUGGAAAUAUUCCAGGUUGGUUUUUAGAUUUCAUUUCCAUUAAUUCAGGAUUUUAUCUUAGCUUGAACUCAAACAAUUUGAAUGGCCAGUUACCUUCUAGCUUACCUUUCUUUAUGGAUCUAUCAAAUAACUCCUUUGAAGGAAUAAUUCCAUUAAGCUAUGCAAAUGUUGAACACGUUGGAGUAUUAAAGUUGUCUAAUAACCAUUUCUAUGGUAGUUUCCCACCCUUCUUUUGCAAUUUUACUAAUUUAUUUGUACUAGACUUAUCCAGCAAUCACUUAUCGGGUGAAGUCCCAAAUUGCCAUGGCUCAUAUCCAAUUAAUUUGAACUCUGUGCACAUGAAUAAUAACAAUUUGUCUGGAUCAUUUCCUUCCGCCUUAAGAUAUUCUAAAGAAUUAAUUGUUCUUGAUCUUGGUGGGAAUAAAUUUUCUGGUGCGAUACCAAAAUGGGUGGGAGGGAACUUCCCAUUUCUAAAGUUUCUACAUUUGAGCUCAAAUUCAUUCCAUGGUGCUAUUCCAAUGAGUAUAGGAAAUCUUCCUUCCCUCCAAAUUUUGGAUCUUUCAUCCAAUAAUUUGAUUGGCAGUAUACCAUCCACUAUUGCAAAUUUCAAUUUUAUGAGUGUGAGACAAAACUACAGUGAUCGAUUGCAUUUUAGUGCCAACUAUUCUCAUUCUCCUGGAUGCAAAUCCUGUUUGUACUCUCCGAGUGAUGAGAUGGAAUAUCUCCUCAAUGAUGCCAUUAUAAUAAAUGCAAAAGGUGUGACCAAUGAAUACACUACCACUCUUAGUGCGGUGGCAAGCAUAGACUUGUCAAGCAAUGAGCUUUCCGGUGAGAUUCCAAAAGAGAUCACGAAGCUUCGUGGAUUGUGCUUUCUCAACUUAUCAGACAACCAUUUGUCCGGAAGAAUUCCAGAAAAUAUUGAUGUCAUGACAGAAUUACUGUCUCUUGACUUGUCAAUGAACCAUUUGAUUGGAGAAAUUCCUUUAGGCCUAUCUACUCUACACUUUCUUAGCUCCUUGAAUCUCUCCUACAACAACUUGUCAGGAAGAAUCCCAACAGGCGGUCAAUUGGCAACCUUCAAUGACUUAAGUUAUAUUGGCAAUGAGGACCUUUGUGGUGUGCCACUUCCAAAGUGUCCUGGUGAUGAAACUAAUCAUUCAUCAUAUCAAGCGAGAGAUAAAGAAGACAAUGAUAAGCUUGAAAAAGUUCUAGAUUAUACCUUUAUUGUUAUGGGAUUUAUAGUUGGAUUCUGGAUAUAUCUGGGUGUAAUAUUCAUGAAAAAGUCUAAGAGGAUUACUUUCUUCCGGAUGGCGGACAAGAUGUAUGACUGGAUGUAUGUGCAACUCUCACUGAAGUUUGCAAAGCUAAAAUUGCAAUGGCAAAAGUGA